GAACACAGUCAACAAGUGAACAGCCGUGUUAGCGUUAGGCAGUUUUUUCGCCGCCGCCGCCGCCGCGCUAUCACCACCAUCGCCGCAGUCGUCUCUGUUGUUAAGCUCGCAUCUGCGACAUUUUCGUUCCAUUAGUUCCUCUUUUCGUUCGUUCAUUCGGUCAAUUGGCUGCCCGUCAACCCCCUCGGGAUCGUCGCUAAUCUGAUUGCUCGGUACGCCGCCGCAAGGAAGACAAGAAGUGUUUUGCCACUAUGCCAUACAGUGAACCCGUUCCGUUUGGUUUAGGACAAUUUGUGUCCGCAGCCGACCUGUCACCUGCUGUUGGGGAUCUGAUUGAAAUCGAUCGCACACUCUAUGCUCAUUGGGCUGUCUACGUUGGAGACGGUCGCGUAGUUCACGUCGUCGGACCCAACGAUGAAGACAUUCCCACCGAGUGGGCACUGAUAAAGAAGUGCCCACUGAUCGAGCUCGCCGGCUGCUCCGGGGUCCGCGUCAACAAUAAGUAUGUCCGUGCCAAAGAACGCGGUAUGAAGCCCCUGGACAAGGAGCAGAUCGUACAGCGUGCGGUCGAGAAACUCAACCAAAAAGUCGAGUACAACUUCUUAACUAGGAAUGCCGAGUUCUACGCCACGCAAUGGAGAUACGGACAGGGAUGGAGCGAUCAGGCGGCCGUCGCUCUGAGCGUGAUGAAGCCCUUAGGCGCUGACCUCGAGAUGGGACACAACACACUCCUUACUGGACUACAAGCUGUAUUCGGCAGUCCUAUCUUAAGCUACUUGCGUCUUCCUCCGAGAUCCCCCCGAACGCCCCAGAAAAGACCCAAUUCCUUGACCGCUGCCUGACCUUCACGGUCUUCAUCAUCUCAGGAUAGCGAAACCGACACCGAGGAUGUCCGAGACUGACAUCAUGAGAGGAAUACCGCCCUUCAGCUAAAAGUGAAAGUGGAGGAAAAAAGAACGUUAAAAUUUCGAACCUGGACCAGAAAACUGGGGAAUGGAACCUGAGCCGGGCGCCAGCAAAAAUAUGUUUGCCGGGAACCCGACUCGAUUCGAGAGGCUAUCGAUUGCGGAAAAACUCAGUUGGAGCCUGGGAGUUCCCCGAAAAAUCGUUCCCGCUCCUCCAAUGUCGACACCCGCCCCGAUGGGAGUGCUUGUCGUUUUUAUUCAAUCGACCAUAGGACCCCGUCUCAAUAUAAGAACAUUUGGUCUGCGAAAUCCUGCGGCAUAAUUUAGGCGACUAUUUCUCGUUGUGGGAAAACUCGAAGUCGUUUAGAAAUACGGACUCCCUGUGUGAAUUUGAGCACCCGGAUGGGGGAACGAGUUCGAAAAUCUGAAUGAAGAAGUUCCGCGACGUGGCCCCUCCAGAAAACCAAGGGCGACACGCAGCUAGGUUGUAUUUUUUAACGCUACGUUCGGCUGCUUUCAUACUGGAGAGGUUACACGGAGCCAGAGAGAUUUUCCACCAAAUGCCCUCGGUGGACUGUACGCUUGAACGAGACACUGUGAUGAAAAGUUGAGCCGAUGGGAAAUUGUCUCGUGGACGGUCGAUCGCUUUCGAGACCGGAGAAUGAUUGAGUAUUUUGCUAUGAGUCUUUAUCCCUGUUGAAUGUG